AUGAACGAUAUCGAAUAUUUAUCUGAAACUGAAAGAAAGCUUCUGAAUAAAUGUCCUUAUGCUCUAACGCUUACAAUUGAAGAAUUAACAAAGCCUGCCAAAAAAAUUCGCAAUAAUUGUGAUAAACCACCACGACCGCAAAACAGUUGGAUUAUCUUUCGAAAAGAUUUUGAAGCUAAUAUACGUCUACGUAGUCCUGGUGUUAAGCAAAAAGUCAAAAACACAGCAAAUGAAUGCAGCUUAAAGUGGAAAUUGCAAUCAAGUGAAGUCAAGGAUUUUUUCAAAAUUUUAGAGAAAAUAGCUUGUGAGAAUCAUAAGCGUAUAUACCCUAAUUAUAAAUAUAGACCGAAACAUGCAAAAAAUUCAAACUGUAAAGAAUUUAUUUUUCGAGAACAGAAAAAAUAUGUAUUUUCUUCGUCAGCUAAGUCCAACACAAUAAAUUCUAAUUCACCUCAGGAAGCGAUGCAAAUCGACGGGUCAUCUCAAGAAGUAAACGACGGGCUGCCUUCUUUAACUUUCAAUUCACAAACUAACAGGUCGCCAUCUCUAACUUCUAGUUCACCUAAAGAAGCAAUACAAGUCGAUGGGUCGUCAUUUUUAACUUUCAAUUCACCCCAGGAAGCAACACAAAUCGACGGGACAUUGUCAUCUUUAACUUUCAAUUCACCUCAAGAGAUAACACAAGUCGAUGGGACAACCAUUUAUACUCAUCAAGACAAUACAAAUAACUUUGCAACAAUUAUUAGUGAAGGUAAUAAUGAUAAUAUGAAUACUUCUUCACCUUUAUCACAGCCACAAUCACUUUUACAACUAUAUGAUUUAUCAAAUUGCAUUUUUGACAACUUGUUAUAUGAUAACUUCUCCUCUUAA